CCACACGAGAUAUCAUGAACAGACUUUAAGUGUAGAAAGUAUUUUUAAACUCUACCAUACCCAAUUCAUUGGCCCGGUCUAAUUAAAGGGUAAAAUUUCAAAUUUCCGAGACGACUGCACGGCCACAAUGACAAUGAGUUUUUUUUUUCUUUUUGUUUUUUCCCUUUCGUGAAUCGUGAGAUACCUGGACAGAGGACUGGAGGGGCGCGCAAAGCUUACGCCACGGGAGAACAGCAACCUCUUUCUCUUUCUCCGGGGCGCACAUUCCGGCGAAGGCACAAAUCUUAGGGCACGGUCGAACAGGACAACCAUCCCGGCGAGCCUCCCUUCUCCGGCAAACCUUGCAUCUCGGGCAGUUCCAGAACUCGGACUCUCCAAAAUUCAUUCCUCAUUUGAGGUGGCUGAAGUUAUGGGUUCGGAGAUUGGAACAGUUGAGCAAAGGUUGAAAUCGUUUCUCAGUCAGCUUCAAUCUGAGUUUGGCAUUCUCGAUCGAAUUGUGUACAAAAACAAGAAUCAACACAGAAGAUGCUCUUAUUUUCAGUACCUGAUGAAGGUGAGAAGAGACUUAAGACUUCUCAAAUCAGCAAAUCCGGAGGAGAUUUUCAGUGCCUCAUUUGAUGUCAUCCAUGGAAAGAGGCCUAAGCAAAAGGUGCAGCUUCUGGAAAGCCUGAAGAAGAAGAGAAGAACAGACAGUAACAAGCACAACUUUUUGGAUCGGCUCCUGGGAGUUGCUCACCUGUUGUCACAGAUGGCUGAGCCGAUGUUGAAGGCAGCAACGCAGGUAUCAACUCUUCUUGCUCGAUCAUUUUUCAUGGGGUUUUCAUUGAUGGUGUUGGCCUUGUUGGCGCGAAUCAGAGUUUUGGUUCAGCAAAUGCUUCUAGAUGUUGUUUUUGUAUUCAACCGUGUAUCCUCUCUCUCUCAAAAGGAACAAGCCGUUAGGUUAACUCAAGAACGUUUUGAGGUUUUUAGAGAAUAUUAUCCCGCAAAGCAACAACAGCCUACUUUCCUAGAAUGCAUUUGGGAGACAGAUAAGUAUAGAUUAAUUGAGAGGAAAGGUGGAAGUGAGGUUGAAAACCAGGAAAAGAAAAUCAAAGAAGAUGCUGCUUGUAUUGAAACAUCAAAGAUUCAGUACCAAAGUGUAGAGAUUUUCCUAGGAGAAGACGAAUGUGAUAAGACUGUUCCUGAUGAAGUUAAUAUAGAAAGAUCAUCUUUCUUGAAUGAAAAGGAUAAGAGUUCUUCCCUGUUGAGUCCUGUCCUCAUUACUCCCGGGAGUAAUGAUGAUGAACCGCAAGUUCCACGAGGUUCAGAUAUUGCGGUUUCUCCUGACAAGAGUAUUGUUUCUACUGGAAGCGGGAUGCUUAAGAGUGAUGCCGAAGUGAAAAUCAAGGCUAAAGCACAGCGUAAUGUUGCAUUUGUGUCGGUAAAAGUAUCUGCUCCUCCUUCACUGUCAUCUGUGAAUGAACCAGGACAUUGCCUUCAAGGAAAGGAAAAGGGUGGUUCUUCAACUACAGAAGAAGACCCAUUUUUCAGUUUACUUACAACAGGAGGAAACAAGAAUAGUACUCUGUUUUAAUUAUUUUUACUGAGAAUCAAUCUUAAACCCCAAUCAACCCAUGUUUACUACGUAGGGAGUAUAUUGGUAGAUAGUCUGCACCCAUUUAUUAUUUUUCAUUCUCUCCUUUGUUGCGUUUUUAUCACUACUUUCGAGUCUAAAUCCCUCUCAAAUCUACAAAGGAGUAUAUAUUAUUCGUAGGUUAAGUUGACAAGACUGGUUUGCAGGCUAUUAUAAAGAGAAACAAUGGUUACUUAAUGCA